UUUGAAGAAAAAGUCUCACGUGACCGCCUCUCGGCUACAUCAAAGCGUGUCGUAACUCUCCUUGUGGGGCUCUCACAGUUACCGCUGGUUGUCCUGUUCUAAAUACAUCUAAAGAUGAGCUGGAGUUUUGCACAACUCUUUUAAAGGAAGGAUUUGACAAGAUACGGCCCCCUUAGAAGAAACGUAAAUUCAAUUUCUUCCAAACAUACUCCUUCUACUUUAAAUAUCUGUGUAAGUAAGCAGCGUAUCUUACGUGCCUGUAAAAGGACCAGCGCACAUUUUGCGUACGUGUUUUACGUAAGAGUGUCUCGGGAGUGAGACGGCACAAACAUUGGUUUAAAGACGUUAUUGGGUCUGUCGUGGUGCUGUGAAACAGCCUCAGAUGGUUCCUGUGACUGCUCUGCGGUUUAAUUUCAGCGUCUCUAUGACGUCGUAGGAGAAGCAGUCAGAUCAUUUUAGCUAUGCUGGAAAACAUGUCUGUUAAAGCAGAUAAUGAAAGUAAAAAGAGAUUUCACCACACUGAUUUGUAUGCCAGCAUCCCUCCAACAUGUCUGCCCAUCGUGUACCACCCUGAUUACAACAUCACAUUCAUGGGCCUGGAAAAGCUCCACCCAUUUGACUCAGGAAAGUGGGGGAAAGUCAUCCACCUCCUGAAAGUGUCUGGCUAUGUUGCAGAGGAGCAAUUCAUCACAGAUGGGAACAUUGUGGAAGCCCGCGAAGCCACAGAAGAGGAUCUGCUGGUGGUUCACACUAAAAGCUACAUCAAUAGAUUAAAGUGGUCGUUUGUUGUGGCAACAAUCACUGAAAUCCCACCUCUGCUCUUUUUGCCCAACCCAUUGGUUCAGCGGAAGGUGCUGAGACCUUUACGGACCCAAACAGGAGGAACAAUAAUGGCUGGAAAGCUGGCUGUUGAGCGAGGAUGGGCUAUAAAUGUAGGAGGAGGCUUCCACCACUGCUCCAGUGACAAGGGAGGGGGCUUUUGUGCUUAUGCUGACAUCACGUUGGCCAUCAGGUUUCUCUUUGAGAGAGUGGAAGGCAUCUCCAGAGCCACCAUCAUUGACCUUGAUGCUCAUCAGGGGAAUGGACACGAGCGAGAUUUUCUGGACGAUACCAGAGUGUUCAUUAUGGAUAUGUAUAAUCACAACAUCUAUCCAGGGGACCUAUACGCCAAACGAGCCAUAAAGAGGAAGGUGGAGCUGGACUGGGGCACUGAAGAUUUUGAGUACCUUCAGAAGGUUGAGCUUCACGCUGGGGGAGCGCUGAACGAGGUCCACCCUGAUAUCAUUGUUUAUAAUGCAGGGACAGACAUCUUGGAUGGGGAUCCCCUCGGAGGCCUCUCCAUAUCACCACAGGGCAUAGUUAAGAGAGAUGAGAUCGUGUUCAGGGCUGCGAAGCAGCGAGGGAUUCCCAUCCUCAUGGUGACAUCAGGAGGAUACCAGAAGAAAACGGCACGGAUCAUUGCGGACUCCAUUCUUAACUUACACCAGCAGGGUCUGAUUGGACCCGAAGCCAUGGAGGGGGAGGGAUUGUCAUCACUGGCAACCCACUUGAUGUGCAGCUCUGGAUCUGCAGGAUCAGUACACACCGUUGUGUGAGCAGCAGUGAGCCCUAAGCUAACACUCCCAGGUGUGACAUUUUAAAAGGGACUGAAGUAACUUUAUGGUGUGCAGUUUGUUUCAGAAAUUAACAAUAAUAUUCUGUAAUCUCAGAGUCCAUGAAAACUGGUUAAGUAAUGGGUGUUUGCAAAUACACAAAGAUUGUUUAUGUAAAUAAUGGAGAAAAAAAAUGAAGUUAAACAAUGAACUUUAUUAUGUUUCAUAACCAUGUGCCAUAGAAUGUGUUUAUUGUGUGUUUGAUGGCACAUCAUUGAGAGGGACUCUUUCAUCUCAGGAAAAGCAAGAAAAAAAACAAUGACAUAUAUUAAGGUUUCAUGUACUCAGAUAAAAGUAUGUUGAAAGCAUCUUAUUUGCCUGCUCCCUCAGUUUGUUAUUAUGAAGAUGAAAAACGUUUUCAACACUCAGACUAUAAUAUUUAAUGGAACUUUAAUGGUUUCAUUGCCCAGAAAUAUAAAAAACAUUAAUUUGGGUUUAAAGUCAAGCUUUUGUUAAUAUGAAGAUAAUCUUUUACUACCGUAUUUUGCUGUCUAAAUCAGCUGCGAUAUCAGUAGUAAAUAUUAUCUCUAGAUAACAUUAUUUUUAUUACAUUAAAUGUUGUACUAAAUAAAUCCGUUUGACAUGUUUGUAUCUUUGAGUUACUUUUGCCCAUUAUAAGGCUUUGGUGCGCCCUUAUUUCAGAUAAAUAUUAUAGGUUUAUUAUAAGUAAUUGUGAAAUAUCUUGUCUUAUGGUUUCAGGCUAGGGAUGGGUACCUUUCACAUUUGAACCGAUGCCAGGUACCUGGAUAUUGAUACCUGUACUCAACAGUACCUGUUUUCAGUACUUUUGUGUGUGUUUAUGUGGUAAUAAAUUUUAAUUCUUUUAAUAAUAAAAUCUCAAAAAUUUUCAAUUUAA